AAUGAAGAGAGAAAAGAGUUGAUUGAUGAUAUUUAAAAAGUAUGGUAAAAUUGAAUAAAUUUGGAUUUAGUGGCAUAAUGUUUUGAAGUAUGCUUUGAUGGUUAGAGAUUGUCGAAUAAAUGUGCAAAUAAUUGUUAUAAGCAUUAUCUUAAUACAUUGAAAGUAAUUACAGAGUAGACAAAAGAGAGAGGUUAUAGAGUACAUUCACUAUAUGCUUAUAAAAUGUUUCCAAUAAGAUAACCUCGAUUCUAAUUAAUAUAUAAGGAAAGAUUUAAGCCUACUGCUUUUGAAAUUGAAUUCUCAGUUGAUCCUGUAAGUUUCAAAGAAAUUUGAUGGUGUAAAUAUAUUUAUGAAUUUUAUCAUUCUAAAAUAAUUGUGU